AUGGCCGCCAGCGACAGUCGACAAUCGAUCCUCGACUGGCUCAUGUUGAUUGAACCCCGCCCUUGUUCGACCGACAACAUCACCACCAUUGCCGACGGCCACGCCCCGGCCUUGUCGUCGUCGUCGCCGCCUGGCGUAUAUCCCUGCAAGCGUCCGCGAUAUCAUUUCUACAGAGAUACCUAUCAGAACAACUGUUCUCUGCCCGACUUGUCGCCACCCCAGUUCCUCCUGUCUCCGUCCAUCUCUUCAGGUAGCUGCGCUACGUCUAAACGCAACACAGACGUGCAGCAGCGUCCUUAUCGAGCCAGGCAAGACCGGGACACUCCACCCAACUUGAUGGAGGCCUUUAGCAACACACCCAAGGGUACAAGGAAGCGGCGACUUCGGGAUGACACCAAUGACGACGACGUGUUUGGGGGAGAUGACUUGCUGGAUGGUCUUGGGGUAUCUUGCGAGUCGGAUAUGGUCACACCAAAGGCAAAGCUUGCUUCGCGCGCAAGCUUGUCUUCUGCUUCUCUACAGUCUGGUAGCACCAACAAGUCGGGCAAUCAGUCUCCCACCAAGCAGCUCAAGGGCGCUGCACUGGACCAAACCGGCUUUGUUGUCAAGAGCUUCCUCGAUACGUCCGUCCCCUUGCCGACCUCGCUCUCGCAAUUGAAACAGGAUUUGGACAAGAUCAGACACGGUAUCGACCUGCUGCCGGCUCAAUAUCGCAACGAGCUCUGUCAUCUCAUCUAUCCUAACGAACGAUCCUCGAUCCCUCCCCACGCCUUUCGUAGCGACACCGUACCCUUGGCCGCCGGCACCGAUGACUGGCGUAUCCCAUCCCUUACCUGGGUCAACAAGACGGUCAAGGAUGCCGCAAAGUGCGAGACACUCCUUGAGGCUGAGGCUGCCUGGAAUAACAAGGUCCAUGACCGGAUACUCUCCUGGCUUUUCCGUGCCGAUGAUGCUGAAGAACUGCUGGACUAUGCCUACUGUCCCUCGUCUCAGAUUCUCAAAAGCUUCAAGCCUUUGUCAGCCCCUUCCAAAAUGAUCGACUAUUGCUUCAUCGUACGACCUGACUGCGAUACCCAAGACUACAGCGGGCUUGUGGAUGCCGUCCGCGACCGCCGCCACGGCAGGUCCAUCAAUCACACGGAUCUGGGCGAGCUGGACCGGAGCCCGAUAGCACUCUCGAUUGAGACCAAGCGUUCCCGAGAGGAGUGGGACAAGGCCACCCUGCAGCUCGGCACGUGGCUCUCGGCCCAGUGGAGGAGCCUUGACGACCUUGGGUGGAAGCCGACGUCAGCGAUCCAGUUUCUCCCGGGCAUCAUCGUUCAGGGCCAUUACUGGCAUUUCGUGGGCGCUCUGCGUCGCGAGUCGCAGGUGACCCUGCUGAGCGACGUCUACAUUGGCGGCACUGCGGAUCACUACGGCGUCUACCAGAUUGUUACUUCCCUCCAGGUCCUCGCGCGCUGGUCUCGUGAGGUAUUCUGGCAGGCCUUCAAAACAGAACUCCUUGCCUCUGGGGCAUAA